AUGCCCGAAUUCCCGGUCACGAAUGGCACCGUGACCUUCUCGAAGCCGCCAGACGGCUAUGUGGUCGACUUCGAUCAUCCGCAGCGACAUCUCGUGCUGGAGCAUUACCUGGUGUUUGGAAUCGGGGCGCCCAUCGCGUUUUUGUGCCUGCUUCAGAGGUUCUACACCAAAGUUUGGCUGUCAAAUGGGUUUCAGAUCGAUGAUGCUCUCAUGUGUAUUGCCUGGAUCGCAUCUGUCACUAUACAGGCCACCAUUCUGGAAUCUAUUACAGAGCAAGGCAUGUGCUCCCACUCUUGGGAGAUACCACUCACACGAUUCGAGUCGUACUCUGCUAUAACAUUCGUUGCGGGUCCGUUGUUCGUGCUAUGCAACGGUUUCAGCAAGCUGUCGCUACUCUCACUCUACCUCCAACUCUCACCGCAGAAGAAAUACCGUGCCGCUGUCUGGUUGGCCAUUCUAUUCGUAUCCGUCACCACGGGCGGCGUCGCCUUCGUCAUGAUAAUCCGCUGUACCCCUAUACGAAAGGGGUUCGAUGUGAGGAUAGACGGAGGAUCCUGUAUCGAUGCGGACACUCUCUACAUGACCAACUCCGUCGCAAACAUUAUCACAGACGUUAUGCUGUUCGUCUUGCCGAUGCCCAUGAUCUGCAGCCUUCGGAUGGGGAUGGGUCAGAAAGUAGGAGCGAUGGCCAUGUUUGCAGUGGGGUCGAUGACAAUAAUGACAUCCGUCAUCAAACUCGUGCUUCUCCCGCAGCUACUACGAAGCACUGAUCCUUCAUGGGAUAGCGCUCCCGCUAACGUGUGGAGGCACGUAGCCCCUCCUAUCCAGAAUCAACGUAUGGACACGCUCUGA